CCCUCCUUUCCUCUCCAUUUCUCCCCUCAACCUCUCGAAUCCCUUCUGCUCUCAUUCUCUCCCUUCCAUCCUCGGUUGCUUUCUUCCCCCCACAUUCGAAUGGCUCCCAAGGCGGAGAAGAAGCCCGCAUCCACCGCCGUGGCGGAGGAGAAGAAGGCGGAGAAGAAGCCCAAAGCGGAGAAGCGGCUGCCCAAGGAGGGGGUGGCGUCGUCGACGGACAAGAAGAAGAAGAAGAAGUCGAAGAAGAGCGGCGAGACCUACAAGAUCUACAUCUUCAAGGUUCUGAAGCAGGUCCACCCGGAUAUCGGCAUCUCGAGCAAGGCCAUGAGCAUCAUGAACUCCUUCGCGAAUGACAUCUUUGAGAAGCUCGCUCAGGAGGUCUCCAGGCUCGCUCGCUACAACAAGAAGCCGACCAUCACUUCUCGCGAGAUCCAGACCUCGGUCAGGCUCGUUCUCCCUGGGGAGCUCGCGAAGCACGCCGUCUCCGAGGGGACCAAGGCGGUUACCAAGUUUCCUAGCUCUUAGGUGGUGCUCCUUGUUUUUUUUUUGUUAAAGUAGUUUAAAGGAAGCUUUCAGGGGGUUUUGGAUAAAUUGUGCAAAGAAGGGGUGUCUUUAGUUUUUUUGGAAUGUUUGGUGGUAAACGAAAUAAACUAACUAAUGAAAUCAUGGUCUUCUA